AUGUCCAUGUUGCCUUCUUUUACACCAUUAUCAUAUUUAUCUACGGUUGCGGAAUCCGAACUACAGGCCACUUAUGAUGCCGCAUUCGAGCGCUGGAAGGCUGCCAAGCAGGCCAAGUUAGAUGUCAGGUGGGAAAAGGAUGAGAAGAAGAAGUUAGCAGCACAAAAACCGAAUGGUACCAGCGAAUCUUAUCUUGCUUGGGCAGAAUAUUGGAGGGCAGAGAUUACCUUUAUGGAAAGGUGUCAACAAGAAGCUGCCGCUGAGUAUGAAAAUCACGCAAGCUACGCCAAUUUAAUGCUGAAGCGGUAUGGUGUUGAUUCCACAGCAGGGCAGAUUGCAAUGUACCGCUUAGAGCUAACCCGCACAAAGGAGUUUGCAUUGGGUUGUUCCUCUCAAUACUGGACAAAGUGGCAUCAGUUGGUGUCCACCGCUUCGCUGCGGUACUGUCAGCUCAAGGCCGAAGCUUCUGAUGGAGCUGCAGAUGAGGUUGAGAAGGCAAAAGAUAAAUUUCAUGAUCGUAUAAACAAUGAGUCCAAUGGUGAAGCCUUUCUCGAAGCCUGGAAUGCUGCCCUUGCAGCGCUGGAUAGGUGGGAAGAAACAGGUGAUUGUACCGCUUGGGAUAAGACCAAACGAAAGUAUGAUGCCGAAUUGGAAAAAUGGAAUGAGUUCAAACCCACGGGAGAACAAUACGCGAAAAAGCUGGAAACGAGAGUUGACGAGUGUCUUCGAUGGAAGGAGUCAGAAAAAAAGUACAAGGAUGCUGUCGAGCGUUACCAAGCCGCUGAACAAGCUGAGGCAGGUGCUAAGAAGGAAAUGGAUGAGAAAAGGGCUUUAGCAGAAGAAACACAGAGGGGCACCAAAGAGUAUUAUCUCGCUUUGGCAGAAAAACACAAGGCGGAAAUGGUUUUUCUUGAAAAGAUUGAACAAAAAUAUGCUGCUGAGCCUGCAAGAAAUUUGUGCUACACAGAUUGGAUGAACCACAAGCACGGGGCUGACUCCAAGGAAGCGCAAAUAGCCCAGCAUCGCGCAGAGUUGGCUCGCACAAAGGAGUUUGUUUAUAGUGAUAGCUCUCCAUAUUGGACAAAAUGGUACAAGUUGUGUAGCAAAGCUGAUUGUGUAUUGAAUCAGCUGAAGGCAGAAGGUUAUGAAAACGUUGCAGCUGAUCUCGAUAGGGCAAGGGAGAUGUUUUGGUAUCGUAUAAAAGUAGGAUUUAGUGGUGAAGACUUUCGCAAUGCUCGGAAUGCAGCCGUAGUAGCGUUGGAUAGAUGGGAAAGAGAGAAUAAUCGUACUGACUGGGAUAAGGCAAAACCAGAGUACGACUCCGCAUUAGCCAAGUGGAAUGCGUUCAUACCCAAAGGAGAACAAUAUGCGGAUGAAUUGGACAAAACAAUUAACUCGUGCAUCAAGAGUUUUGGGCCGAUAUCGGACUUGUUUUGUGGUUACAUUGGUGAAAGUGUUGCUGAGUUGCAGGAGCAAGCCAAACAAGAUCCACACUCUGCUAAAGAUUUGGAAUUGCUAAGGAAGUAUGAUGCUGCAGCCAAGAUUUACCAAGCCGCUGAACAAGCUGAGGCAGAUGCUAAGAAGGAAAGGGAUGAGAAACGGGCUUUAGCAAAAAAAACACAGAGGGGCACCAAAGAGUAUUAUCUCGCUUGGGCAGAAAAACACAAAGCAGAAAUGGUUUUUAUUGAAAAGAUUGAACAAAGAUAUGCUGCUGAGUAUAAGAGAGAUUUGUGCUACACACAAUGGAUGAAACACAAGCACGGAGCUGACUCCAAGGAAGCGCAAAUAGCCCAGCAUCGCGCAGAGUUGGCUCGCACAAUGGAAUAUGUUUACAGUGAUAGCUCUCCAUAUUGGACACAAUGGUACAAGUCGUGUAGCAAAGCUGAGUGGGUGCAUUAUCAGCUCAAUGCAGAAGGUUAUGACAACUUCGCAGCUGAUCUCGAUAGGACAAAGAAAGCGUUUUGUGAUCGUAUAAAAGAAGAAUCCAAUGGUGAAGACUUUCGCAAUGCUCGGGAUGCAGCCGUGGGAAUGUUGAGGAAAUGGGAAAGAUGGAAUAAUCGUACUGACUGGGAUAAGGCAAAACGAAGAUAUUCUGCUGAACUAGCCAAGUGGAAUGAGUUCAAACUCAAAGGCAAUCAAUAUGCGGAAGAAUUGGAGGAAUCAGUUAAUUUGUGCAUCAAGAGUUUUGUGCCUAUAUCGGACUUGUUUUGUGGUUACAUUGGUGAAAGUGUUGCUGAGUUGCAGGAGCAAGCCAAACAAGAUCCACACUCUGCUAAAGGUUUAGCAUUGCUAAAGAAGUAUGAUGCUGCAGCCAAGAUUUACCAAGCCGCUGAACAAGCUGAGGCAGAUGCUAAGAAGGAAAUAGAUGAGAAAGGGGCUUUAGCAGAAGAAACAGAGGAGGUCACCAAAGAGUAUUAUUUCGCUUGGGCAGAAAAACACAAGGCAGAAGUCGCAUUUGCUGAAAAGAUUGAACAAAGAUAUGCUGCUGAGUAUAAGAGAGAUUUGUGCUAUGCAGAUUGGAUGAAACAUGAGCGUGGAACUGACUCCAAGGAAGCGCAAAUAGCCCAGCAUCACGCAGAGUUGGCUCGCACAAAGGAAUAUGUUUACAGUGAUAGCUCUCCAUAUUGGAUAAAAUGGUACAAGUUGUGUAGCAUAGCCCUGUGUAUGUAUUAUCAGCUGAAGGCAGAAGGUUAUGACAACGUUGCAGAUAAGCUCGAUAGGACAAGGGAGAUGUUUUUUAAUCGUAUAGAAGAAGAGUCCAAUGGUGAAGCCCUUUGCAACGCUCGGUAUGCGUCCCUCACAGAGCUGGGUUUGUGGCAAGCAGAGAAUGAUUGUACCGAUUGGGAUGAGGCCAAAUCAAAGUACGAUGCCGAACUGAAAAAGUGGAAAGAGUUUCAACCCAAGGGGGAGGAGUAUGCACUUAUUCUGGAGAGUAGAAUAAAGAGAUUAUCUACGUUUGAUGAAGCCGAAUUAAAAGCAAAACAUAACGAUGCAGUCAAACGCUGGGAGGCUGCCAAACAUGAUGUGGUAAUUGCUGAGAUGGAAGAAAAUGAGAAAUGGGAUGUAACGGUGCACAUUCCGUGGCUUAGCAAGGAGUGGAGACUUGCUCAGGCAGAAUAUGACAAGGUACAUAUUGAUUUGAUUGGAAAGAUGGAGCGAGAAUAUGCUGCCGAGCAUGAAAUGUAUGAGGUCGCAGUAACCUUAAUGAUCCACGAGCACGGAGGUGAUUCAAAGGCAGCGCAGAUUGCCAUGUGUCGUGCAGAACUAGCCAGUACGAAGGAGUUUGCACGGUAUGAUUACUCUCCAUAUUGGACGAAGUGGUCCAAG